AUGGCUUCUGUAACCUCAGCUACUCAGCUUCUACCAGUUUCACAGGCCGCCAUUAAAGGCCAUUCUCAAUUCUCCUUCACAAACCGAAGUGGAGAAGGAGGACGGCUUGACUCUGCGCGAAAUUUGCCAAGGGCAGAAGAAGUUGGAUAUGUAGUGCCAACAGAGGUACAGCAACAAGCUUUGCCUGUUCUUUUUAGCGGCCGCGACUGCAUACUGCAUGCUCAGACAGGUUCUGGCAAGACGCUUGCAUACCUGUUAUUGAUAUUUUCUGUUAUAAACAGCCAAAGAUCUGCUGUGCAAGCACUAAUCGUGGUGCCUACUCGAGAACUUGGCAUACAAGUUACAAAAGUUGCUCGGAUGUUGGCUGCAAAGCCUAAGGAGAAUGAGGUGGAGCAGAAGUCUUGCACCGUCAUGGCACUUCUAGAUGGAGGGAUGUUGAGAAGACAUAAGAGUUGGCUAAAGGCUGAGCCUCCUACUAUAGUGGUGGCAACAAUAGCUAGUUUGUGCCAAAUGCUUGAGAAGCAUUUGUUUAAGCUUGAAUCAAUGCAAGUGCUGGUUAUCGAUGAGGUUGAUUUCAUGUUCAACUCUUCAAAACAAGUCGGUUCCGUGAGAAAGCUUUUGACAUCUUAUUCCUCAUGCAAUAGCCGUCAGACAGUUUUUGCCAGUGCAUCUAUCCCUCAGCACAACCGAUUUUUAUAUGAUUGCAUACAGCAGAAGUGGAGCAAGAGAGAUGUAGUUCAUGUUCACGUGAAUUCAAUUGAGCCCAUGCCAACGUGCCUGCAACAUAGAUUCAUGAUAUGCAGUAAAAAGCAGAGGCAUCAAACAUUGCUCUCCUCAUUGCAGUCUGACGCACCCAAGUCUGGCAUUAUUUUUGUUGGGGAGCAGUCUGAGAAGUCAAAAAAGGCUGGGAAUGCUCCACCAACAAUAGAUUUAGUGGAUUUUCUGAAAACUUCAUAUGGGGGUAGUUCAGAUAUCCUUCUUCUGGAGGAAGACAUGAAUUUCAAUUCACGAGCAGCUUCAUUAUCAGAAGUGAGACAUGGAGCUGGCUAUCUUCUUGUAGCAACAGACAUAGCUGCAAGAGGGGUUGAUCUUCCAGAAAUAACUCAUAUAUACAACUUCGAUCUGCCAAGAACUGCUGUAGAUUAUCUUCAUCGAGCUGGAAGAACAGGUAGGAAACCUUUUUCAGAUGAGAAAUGCUACGUCACCAAUAUUAUUACGCCUGAGGAGCGGUUUGUUUUGCAAAGAUAUGAAAACGAAUUGAUGUUCAACUGUGAAGAGCUUUCUCUAUUAUCCAAUGUCUGA